AAGCUCUUUCAAUCUGUUGGGACAUACAACACCCAUCCAUGCUUGACCCCUUCUACUUGUGGGCCUAUUUCUUGAUUACUGGUUAACAGAAAAGAGAGUCGACAUGUUUAAAUAUGAUCUUUCCUAUAUGGUAAGUAAGAGUAUAUUUAUACAACUAUAAACGAGUGAUUGUUAACAUAAUCAUGGUUUUAUCUGUGUAGUGUUUUAAAGUCUCAAAUCUUUGAGUUUCUAACAGCUAUCAAAUAAACAAUUAUUUGCUAUUCUACAUUGACUCUAAACAGAAGGGUAAACAAAAACAACAAUACCCAAAUCCCAUAUGAAACAUGAGCCCUUAAUGGAGGAUAAAAGUAAGAAUGUAAAUACUAUACAAAAAGCACAUAUAGAUUAAAAAAGAUACUAGGAACUAUACUAAUCCACUACCCUGAUUUUAAGCCUAAACAGAAGGGUAAAAUGGUCAUAUAUUCACGUUUACAGAUUUCAUUCGCUUAAAAGUGAAACAGAUGAUGUGUAUACAGCACUUGAUGAAAAAAACAUGCCAUUAGUGAUAUACAACAAACACUUGUUAUUAUUACAUUUAGUGUUUAGGUACAACCUCAACAAAGUUGCACAAUACAAGCAACUUACACUUGAGGAAGCAGAAGAAAAGAUAAAAAAAACAGAAGGAAAACUGUAGAUGGGUAUGAAAGAUGGAUGAUGAAAGCUGCAAACAAUGGUGCAGCUGCUUUUGGUGAAGUUGAAAGGCCUGAUGACAAGGAAGGUGGUGGUGGUGGAGGUGGUGGCAGAGGGCGUAAAAACAAUAAUGCAGAUGAUGAUGAAGGGAAUGUGUCAUAUAGAGGAGAAGAAGAUGAGGAUGAAGAGUUUGCAAGGAAAAAUAGACUUGGACUUAAUAAAAGAGGGAGUGAUGAUGAUGAGGAAUGCCCUAGAGGUGGUGAUCUUGAUUUUGAUGAUGAUGAUAUUGAGAAAGGUGAUGAGUGGGAGCAUGAGGAGAUUUUCACAGAUGAUGAUGAAGCAGUUGGUAAUGAUCCUGAAGAGCGUGAAGACUUAUUAGCCCCUGAAAUCCCUGCUCCUCCUGAAAUCAAACAGGUUCACUUUAAAAAAAUAGAUAAAAUUAAAAUAUUGUUUUUUAAAACAUUAAAUAAUAUAUAUAAUAUCCAAGAUGAAGGCGAUGAGGUUACAAAGGCCGCUGCACAGAAGUUGAUAAGCCUUUGUGGGUGGGAGCCAAGGUGGCUUCCAAAUAUUCAAGAUUGCGAAGAACAUUCUGCUCAAUCAGCUAAAAAUGGUGUUUCUUUUAAUCCUAGUAAACAUCAUAACCCUAAUAAGAAAACAAUAUCCAAAGAUUCUUCAAAGAAGGAAACUAGAUCCCCCUUAUUGGAUUGCAGUUUAUAUGGGGCCACAGUAAGAAUCUUGGAUUUCAUUCAUGUAAAUCGUCCUUCCCGUUUUUCCCCCAACAACAUCGAUGUCCCUGAAGCAAGUAAAAAUAUUGUAAUCACACAUGGAAUAAGUGCAGCAACUGGAAUUAAUGGAUGGGUUGAAGCUGAACAACAAACAGAAGACAUUGAUGAAGCUGCAACUACAUGA